AUGGGCUGUGUCAUGAGCACCGCGAUCGGCUGCCUGCUCUGCAAUAAUCGCUGUUCGAUCGACCGCGUCGUCUCGCAGUUUGCUUUCUUCCCGCCGUCGCCCGCGUCGUACACGAUGGAGGCGCACGAGGGCAAGCUGCGGAUCCGCUUCUGCGACCCCGAGAUGGCGGCGGCGCACGAAAACCUGCAGCGGAACGCAGCCGGCGGCGCCGUGCGCGUCGAUUGCGCGCGCGUCGAGACGUCGCGCGGCUCGAGCGUCGCGCUGCUCCACUUUGUCCACCCCGCCGCGCGCGCGACGCUGCUCUGGUCGCACGGCAACGCGAUGGACAUUGGUGAGAUGUACUUCUUCCUGCUGGGGCUCGCGGCGCAGAUGGGCGUCUCGCGGGGUCUGUCCGACUCGCUCGCUGCACGGUUGGCUGCGGCGCUCCGGCGCAAGCCGACGCUCGAGAAGUGGCGCCACUCUGCGUGGCUGCCCUCCGGGCUUGUCCUUGGCUCUCCGACAUCGAUCGAGCACGCCUGUCCGACGAGCGGCUUGCCGCGCGGGUGGCUUUGUGUGGCUCUUGUCGAGAGCGUUUUGCGGCCCGCCGGCUGA